AUGAGCGCACAGGAUUUGAUCGUAGCCAGGAGUGCUCGGAUGCAAGAUCGCCAGCGAGAGGAAACCGCGCUGGAAAAGGUUUGGAAGCUGUCAAUAGUGGGUCCCCGUUUGAGAAUACCCCCCACGAGGCAGAUAUUAGAGCCAAUGAGAAUGCUUAGCCCGCGUUUCCAAGAAGCAAAUGUGCGGCUGAUUGGCGCUUCCGAGGAGGUCCAUGGGUUCCCCCUUAAAGACGCAGAUAGUCUCUCACCGCUGGGCAGAAUGGUCCAAGCGAGAACCGUAUCCAUGGUUGUCGACGACAGUAACAGCCCUAAUAUUGAAGUGCCAUAUUACGAUGACGCAUCGUCGUAUUCGCGAAGCAGACGGACAGCCCCAGCAGUCGCCGGGGUUGCCGGUGCGAACAAGUGGAUCUUGAUGUGGUCAGUGAGAGUCACGGGCUCAGAACCGUGGGCUCUGACAAUCCGUCGAAUGGAGAUGCAGAUGCAUGCCAGGCGACAGAUUAUCUGGAGCGUGUCAGAGAACUGA